CUUCAGACUCCACAAGUAAUAAGGGUAAAUAAGUAAUUACUUAGUAACCCUUUGUUAUCUUUCAAUUUCAAACAAUCUCUUCCACUUCAGUCUUCUUCUCUCACGAUCACGACCACCACAGUCACAAAGCAUUCAGCUUUGUUUUCUGUCAUCAUCACCGAUUCUUCCUCUCAAUUAACAAUUAGGGUUUCAUCUUUAUUCUUCUCUACUUUAUUCGCUCUGCAGGAACCAAGCCAUGGCCUCCAAGCUGCUUUUGCAGAGAAGGCUCUUCAGGUUCUUGCGACAGUCACAAGAAUCCUUAUACUCCUGUUCUUCUUCAUCUUCCAUUCAACGAUCCUCGUUCCAUUCUACGAAACAAACAGAAAUAUUGGGUUUCUCAACUUCUUCUAGAAGCUUCUGCUCUCGAAAGUCCAGUCUUGUUGAUGAAUCUAAUGCCCCCGCACCUAUUGAUUACACUUCUCUACUGCAGGAGGGUGAAUUCCAUAGACUGGCCGAGUCCACAAUACAUAGCCUUCAAGAGAAAUUUGAGGACUAUGGAGACUUUAUCGACCUUGAUGGAUUUGACAUAGACUAUGCGAAUGAUGUUUUGACUGUCAAACUUGGGGAGUUGGGCACCUAUGUAUUGAACAAACAAACACCAAACAGACAACUUUGGCUGUCUUCCCCAGUGAGUGGUCCGUCUAGGUUUGAUUGGGAUCAGGUUACUAAAGCUUGGAUAUAUAGGCGGAACAAAGCAAAUUUAUACAAAAUCUUAGAAGAUGAGUUGGAGCAGUUGUCUGGCAAACCUAUUGUUCUUUCCUAAGCUGUUGAGAAUGUAGUACUUAAUCUUGAUUUAAAAUUUAAAAAUGGGAAAUCAUUGGACAUUGUUGAUGAUCCUUUGGCAUUCAGGUGAACUCAGGAAGCAGAUUUUGUUCCUUUCCCACCUUUUACUCUAUAAACUAUACCAGUUCUUUCACAGUCAUGACGUGAUUGUAUCUUCUGAAUAAUCAGCUCUAUAUAGAACUCAUGUGGUUAACAUUAGUUUACUCUUCUGAAGAAUUACUGUUGUAAUGGGCAUUAUUGUUGGUUACUACUGGUGAGCUAGAGCAACUCAAAUGGUGAUCUUUACCAAA